AAUCAUCCAAGUUCCUUUGUCUCCGUUGUUUGUGUGACUAACUUAUGUCGGGCGUUUCAAUGAAACUAUAAAGAGUGUCUGUGAAUUAAACUUUGUGAAAAUGGAGACAAUUCCAAAAGAAGAAGAUAAAGAACUCGACGAUAGUGGUUGUGUUCAAGAUGUAGGUCCACCAUCACAGCAGUCGGACGGAGAAUUGAAGGAAGCGGAACUGUUAGAUCUGUCCGAUGAUGUCUUGCUGUUGAUAUUGAAAAACUGCUCGCCGAGAGAUUUGAAAGCGCUGGGAUACACAUGCCCUCGUCUAGGGCGUCUCAUCAGGGAUCGCACGCUAUGGCAGCGGGUGGACGCACGCGAGGAGCCGACCGGUCGUGCUAGAAUGAGAUGGCUGCUAGCACACGCGCUAGGAUCAAAUACCACAGAGUUAUUAUUGACUGGAUACGCUAGGGAGGCUAAAGGAUGUCUCGGUCACGUGGACAGAAAGAGGAAGGAGAUCGAAGACGAGAUCGAGAUGAUGAAUAAGAAAGACGACAAGGAGCCACAAACACCUACCGCUUCGACGAGCGAGUCCAGUCAAGCGGGUUCCACUGAUACUGUCGGAAGUCCAGUUCAAAUGAUAAGGGAGGAUCCGUUGACAAGAUUGCAGAGAUUAUACGCGCAGCAAUUGCCGAGGAUUGAUCAAAAUCCUUUCUUAGCGGAUGCCUACGUCAUAACAUCUACCUGCAUGCCAAAUUUCAGCCCGAUCCGUCCAGUGGUUUGGGCUGUGCGUUGA